AUGUUCUGUCUGCGCAGCUGGCUCCCCCUCCUCUUCAUCCCGACCAACGCCUCGCCGGCCUUCAUCCUCCUCUUCUUCGUCUGCACAUACUUCCUCAACAGGCCAUGCGUCUACUGCAGCUUCCUGCUGCUCAUCCUCUUCUUCACCUCCUGUAACUGGUCUGACCGCUGUUUCUUCGACUUCAGCGGCAACUGGUUCCAGCCCCGAGCGCCGCCAUCCACAUUGCCCGACUUUAGCGGCAACGACACCUACGCGCUCAACGCCACGGUCGAGGUCCUCAACACAACGGCGAGCGCCCUGGCCGGUGCAGCAGCGGACGAGUUCUCGCGUCGCAAGCAGGAGUGGACUGGUCUCGGCAUCGAGUGGCUGCGCAGUUUGCUGGGCAAGAGAGAGUGGAGGAUAGACUGCCUCGAUGUAAUCGUGCGGCUCUGA